AUGCCCGCUGCCACCUCUGCGGAUCGUCCGCUUGCCCCCGCCAUGCACGCCCUCGCCCUCCCGCUCCCGCCGAUCGCCCAACACCCCUCGCUUCCUUCCUCCUCAUCAAAUUCAGAGUCCUCCACCCCCGUUCCCUCCGCCUCGGCCCAAGAUCCCAAGAAAAAGCCAGCCGCAAAACGCAAACGCACCGCUGGCUCGGCCGCUGACCAUGGCGACGCGGGCUCCGGCCCGCGUUCGCGCGACGGUCCCAAGAAGAAAAAGGCGAACCGCGCUUGCUUUCAUUGCCAGAAGGCUCAUCUUACAUGCGACGACACCCGGCCAUGUCAGCGCUGUGUGAAGCGCGGAAUGGCGGAUAACUGCACUGAAGGUCACCGGAAGAAGGCCAAGUACUUGUUGGAUGAGGAGGAGAUUGCAGCAAUACGUCCACCAGAGGGCAUGUAUCCUGUUUACACCUCCGCCCCGCCGUACGGGGUUCCAGCGGAGGCUGCAAACCUAGAGUACUCAGUCCUCUCUGCAAUUCUUGGGGCCGGCUCACCUGAAUCUGGCUCCAGCGGCUCCCCUGCAGCUGGCCAAGCCCCAGCACCGGUUGCCGCACAGCCCUACGUGCCUCCCCCGGACUCUGGUCUAUCGGCGGCCACUUGGCCGGCUGAAGCUCUUCAAGGUCAAUAUAGUUCCCCUACUACUGCCCAACCAGAGGCGGCUGCGUAUCCUGGUGCACCAGGGUAUGGACCUUCAGAUACGACCCCGGGAACAGUGCCGUCAGAAUUCAUCACUCCCAAUGUCACGGGAUAUCAAGCGGCCUAUCCAACGGUGGCGCUUGGACAGCCUGGGCCCUCGCAGUUCACGGAAUACUCACCGGAUCGGUCACAAGUGUCAUCACAAGCCGUCCCAGGUCCCAGUUCGUACCGCUCUCCGACGCAGUCGUUCCUGGUCCGGCCAAGACGGACCACCAUGAGUUCACCAACCGCGGCGCGUGGAUGGCUCAGCCCGUCGCUGUCAACCGCCAACACACCAGAUCACGCAAUUCAGAGCGUGUACCGGAACGUGACGAAGGGUUACGACUACACCGAGGGCUACCACUUCCUGAUGAAGCACAUGAGCAGAAGAUUUGAAAAGAACGACAUCCUCCGGAUUGUGCGCGCCUUGGCGAUCGUUCGUCCGUCGUUCAUCGCACUGCAAAUGCCGAUGACGGAGGAGGACGAUGUGUUUGUGGAGAAGUGUUUCCAGCGCUCGCUCAUCGAGCUCGACAAGCUCGUCUCCAUGUCCGGUACGCCCACCGUAGCGUGGCGCCGUACCGGCGAGAUCUGUCUCGUCGGCCCCGAGUUCUGCAUGCUCUCGGGUUGGGACCGAGAAGAGCUUGUUGGAAAGAGAAAAUACAUCUACGAGCUCUUCGAAAACCAAUCCGUAGUUGAAUACUGGGAAAACUUUGCCAACCAUGCGUUUGAGAACACGACACAGUCUUGGUGCACCUGUGCCUGUACGUUCUGUUUCUCAAUACGACGGGACAUCAUGGACCUCCCCAGUUUAGUCAUCGGACAAUGGCUGCCUUUAUUAUAG